AAAUAGUGGGCCAGGCAGCAAGAUGGCGGCGGUAGCGGAGGUGUGAGUGGACUCGGGUCUCAGCGGCCGGAUUUUCUCUUCCCUUCUUCUCCCUUUUCCUUCGCUAUUUGAAAUUGGCAUCGAGGGGGCUAAGUUCGGGUGGCAGCACCGGGCGCAACGCAGGGGUCCCGGCGACGGCGGCGGCGGCUGACGGCUGGAAGGGUAGGCUUCCUUCACCGCUCGUCCUCCUUCCCCGCUCCGCUCGGUGUCAGGCGCGGCGGCGGCGCGGCGAGCGGACUUCGUCCCUCCUCCUGCUCCCCCCCACAGCGGAGCUGGCACUCUUCGCUUCGCCAUCCCCCGACCCUUCACCCCGAGGACUGGGCGCCUCCUCCGGCGCAGUUGAGGGAGCGGGGGCCGGUCUCCUGCUCGGCUGUCGCGCCUCCAUGUCGGAUAAUCAGAGCUGGAACUCGUCGGGCUCGGAGGAGGAUCCAGAGACGGAAUCUGGGCCGCCUGUGGAGCGCUGCGGGGUCCUCAGUAAGUGGACAAACUACAUUCAUGGGUGGCAGGAUCGUUGGGUAGUUUUGAAAAAUAAUGCUCUGAGUUACUACAAAUCUGAAGACGAAACAGAGUAUGGCUGCAGGGGAUCCAUCUGUCUUAGCAAGGCUGUCAUCACACCUCAUGAUUUUGAUGAAUGUCGAUUUGAUAUUAGUGUAAAUGAUAGUGUUUGGUAUCUUCGUGCUCAGGAUCCAGAUCAUAGACAGCAAUGGAUAGAUGCCAUUGAACAGCACAAGACUGAAUCUGGAUAUGGAUCUGAAUCCAGCUUGCGUCGACAUGGCUCAAUGGUGUCCCUGGUGUCUGGAGCAAGUGGCUACUCUGCAACAUCCACCUCUUCAUUCAAGAAAGGCCACAGUUUACGUGAGAAGUUGGCUGAAAUGGAAACAUUUAGAGACAUCUUAUGUAGACAAGUUGACACGCUACAGAAGUACUUUGAUGCCUGUGCUGAUGCUGUCUCUAAGGAUGAACUUCAAAGGGAUAAAGUGGUAGAAGAUGAUGAAGAUGACUUUCCUACAACGCGUUCUGAUGGCGACUUCUUGCAUAAUACCAACGGCAAUAAAGAAAAGUUAUUUCCACAUGUGACACCAAAAGGAAUUAAUGGUAUAGACUUUAAAGGGGAAGCGAUAACUUUUAAAGCAACUACUGCCGGAAUCCUUGCAACACUUUCUCAUUGUAUUGAACUAAUGGUUAAACGUGAGGACAGCUGGCAGAAGAGACUGGAUAAGGAAACUGAGAAGAAAAGAAGAACAGAGGAAGCAUAUAAAAAUGCAAUGACAGAACUUAAGAAAAAAUCCCACUUUGGAGGACCAGAUUAUGAAGAAGGCCCUAACAGUCUGAUUAAUGAAGAAGAGUUCUUUGAUGCUGUUGAAGCUGCUCUUGACAGACAAGAUAAAAUAGAAGAACAGUCACAGAGUGAAAAGGUGAGAUUACAUUGGCCUACAUCCUUGCCAUCUGGAGAUGCCUUUUCUUCUGUGGGGACACAUAGAUUUGUCCAAAAGCCCUAUAGUCGCUCUUCCUCCAUGUCUUCCAUUGAUCUAGUCAGUGCCUCUGAUGAUGUUCACAGAUUCAGCUCCCAGGUUGAAGAGAUGGUGCAGAACCACAUGACUUACUCAUUACAGGAUGUAGGCGGAGAUGCCAAUUGGCAGUUGGUUGUAGAAGAAGGAGAAAUGAAGGUAUACAGAAGAGAAGUAGAAGAAAAUGGGAUUGUUCUGGAUCCUUUAAAAGCUACCCAUGCAGUUAAAGGCGUCACAGGACAUGAGGUCUGCAAUUAUUUCUGGAAUGUUGACGUUCGCAAUGACUGGGAAACAACUAUAGAAAACUUUCAUGUGGUGGAAACAUUAGCUGAUAAUGCAAUCAUCAUUUAUCAAACACACAAGAGGGUGUGGCCUGCUUCUCAGCGAGACGUAUUAUAUCUUUCUGCCAUUCGAAAGAUAUCAGCCUUGACUGAAAAUGACCCUGAAACUUGGAUAGUUUGUAAUUUUUCUGUGGAUCAUGACAGUGCUCCUCUAAACAACCGAUGUGUCCGUGCCAAAAUAAAUGUUGCUAUGAUUUGUCAAACCUUGGUAAGCCCACCAGAGGGAAACCAGGAAAUUAGCAGGGAUAACAUUCUAUGCAAGAUUACAUAUGUAGCUAAUGUGAACCCUGGAGGAUGGGCACCAGCCUCAGUGUUAAGGGCAGUGGCAAAGCGAGAGUAUCCUAAAUUUCUAAAACGUUUUACUUCUUACGUCCAAGAAAAAACUGCAGGAAAGCCUAUUUUGUUCUAGUAUUAACAGUGACUGAAGCAAGGCUGUGUGACAUUCCAUGUUGGAGAAAAAAAGAGAAAAAAAAAAGCUGAAUGCUCUAAGCUGGAACAUAGGAUCUAUAGCCUUGUCUGUGGCCCAAGACCUUGGCCUUGUGUACAAAAAUGACAAAAUAUUGCAAUAGCAAAGCUGAACAUCUAACACUAGCUAUCUCCUGCUAGAUCUCCUUGCUCAGCAUAUAACUAUAAAUACAUGUAAAAUUACAUGUAUAUGGCUAUAUUUUUAUUUGCUUGCUCCUAGAAGAGAAAAAAAAAAUCAACUUUGAAUCACAACUAGGAAUUGAUGCUUUAAUUUUUGGAUACUUUUUCAGAAUUUUUAAUUUACUAUGGUCCGGCCUAAGAUCCUCUAUUGUAUCAGGUUUUGUGCACAAAAGAAAAGCACAAAAGUUGAACGCACAUGGGGCAUGUGCUUUCUGUGCAGCAAAUAAUCUGGACGAGGUUCUUUUUUCAGGCCUACAGUCAAAUCUGUGUCCAGAAUUUUUUGACUUUUUUGCUUUGUAUAAUCAUAGAAUUCGUUGCUGCUGAUUUCUAUAAUGAUUCAUGUUGUUGUGUGUGUCUUAAUAACUGAGGGCUGUCAAUAACCUGUGAUUUUGCCUUUUCUAUAGUCUUACUCCCAUGAAGAACCUUGGUUCUGAUGGAGAAAGUGAAAAGCUUUAUUUCUUCCCCCAGAUAUCUUUAUAUUUCUAUUAUAUUUUUUAGUUGUGUACUGUGUGCUAGACAUUUUUUUCAGUUUAUUACAAACACAAUUUGGUAAUCCCUAAAUUGGUUCUGCCUGUCUCCAAACAGAAAUAUCUGUACAAAUCUUGUUGGUAUAGACUACUUUCUGGAAAAUGGUCAAGAUAAAUUCAUGUUUUCUUUAAAUUUCUAAGGUAGUAUAUGGUAUAACUUGUUUAAAGCAAAUCAGACUGAGUUUGACAUUUAAUUCAAUAUUUCUGGUAUUCAGUAACGGGUAUAUAUGUUUGUUCUUCCAGUUUGGGCCAGUUUAAAAGAUAGGUUGCAAAGUAUACAUGGAAAAUGUGAGCAAUGCCUCUCUGCCUCUUGAUCAGAAACUUCAGCAGAGCAGUAAAGAUUCCACAUGAUUCAAACUGAAAUGCAUUUCUUUGUUGCUAUAUGAACUUAAAAUGUAAAAUACCUUUUUCAGUUUAAGUCUUGUGAACAACAUUGAAGCAUGGAGAUGAGGCAAGGAAUAGUGCUCACUGAAGUUGAAAUGACUGCCCACUUCAAAAUCUUCAUUGUGUUUACACACCAGUGUAUUUAUACAAAUCAGAGGCAUUUUGUAGAUGCUUCACUGACUUGUUCAGCUCUGUGAAAACACAGAAAUCGGACCCAUUUUGUAAAGCAGAAAGUCAUGUCACAUGGAACAUGUCCUGUAUAUAUCACAUACAUGGUAAUGGAGUCUUAAUGAUAAGUGCAAGAUAAUAAUUUAAUGAUGGGAUUAGUCUGAUGGCUUAAUAUGCACAAUCCUGGAAGUGAAUUACUUGCAUCAGAUAUAGUGAUAUUUAUUAUUCUGUACAGAGAGAAAAAUACAUAUAAAACAUAUGCUUACAUUACAUGCACGCAGAUUUCACGCUCCAUAAUCUUUUCUAUUUUUUAAUUUACCUUUCUGUAAAUGAUGUGCAUGGAAUAUGCCUUAUAGAAAAAUGCUGUUCAUAAUUUGACUACGUGGAAAAGUGCCUAUAUGGUGGUAAUGCUAGUAAGGCAAAUAAGACAAAUUAUCAUGUUGGUUUACUACAUCACCAGUUAACAUUUUAUAUUGUGAUGUUUAAAAAAGAAAAGUUUAUACCUCAAAUGUGUAUUUUAUUUUACAAUCAGCUGUGGGUUAUGGGGUUGGGAUGGGAGAAUGGGAGGGUUGGGGAGGGCAGGUUUAUUCACCAUAGCCACUGAUAAGAAUCUUCAAAAAAAUUCUGUAUGCUCACUAUAAAUGUUUCUCUGUUUGCCAUUUCUGGUAACUGUCAUGAACACAGACAGUUAACUCUUUCAUUACUAAAUUGGAUAGCUUUAUUUUACAGAAGUAUGGGAAGUUUACAAAGCAAUAUCUAAAUCUAAUUAUCACUAGUUGCAUUUGGACUAAAUGUGAUGAUAUACUUUUGCAAUUGAUUCUGUAAAUAAAAUGAUCACACUAAAAUAUUUGUAUUAAGAGAAGAAAAGAUAACAUUUUACCUUUAGAUAACUGCACUUUUACUUCACUAGAGUUAAUUCCACCCAAUCAGAUUGAGAAAUAAAUUGGUGAAUAUGGAAAGAGUCCAAAAGAGGUCAGAAUUUGGAGAGGUACUGGCCUUCUGGACAACAUUUAGAUCCUCUAGAAUUAUUUUCAUUAAGCUGAUUCCUACAUCCUGAAUAUUCAUGUUUUCUCAUCUACAGAUAAUUUGUCUUCCUCCAAACCAAAAGAAAAAACUACCCUUUACUCUCUUUUCUACUCAGUUUAUCUUUUGUGCUAUGUUAGAAACUUGAAAUCUAUUGGUGAUGUGGGGUUUUAUCCCUGACUGCCACUGCACAGGACAAGAGAGCACAGUGUUUCCGUUGGAAUUCAGGACUCCUGGUUUUGAGGUAGAGGAUGAUCACUGCAAUACUUGGUUUGGUAUUGCCACAGGGGUAACUAAACCAAAGGAGGGUUAUAUCUGCAAGGGAGGUGUAAGAAGGCAAAAUAAGGAAAAGGAGGAAUGGGUUUUCUCUUUGUUCAGUUUCAUCAACUAAUUUAUACACCUAAUACAACGUCAGUGUCAAUUGCUAUUAAGAAAUUUUUAGUUGGGCUGAGCUGGUUCUCUUGUGAAAUUGUGCUGGUUAUCUUUAAGCUUAUCAGUUAUUUGUCCAAUUAAACACUUUUCACCAGUAUUUAGUCCGAGUUGUACAGACGAUGUAUUUGGAUUUUGUCAUGGUUCAUCUACAGACUCAAAACAUAAUCAUUUUAAAGUACCUUGGGAGUGUGUAGAGUAACUUCUAUAAUAGCUUUAUGAUCCUGAUGAUGUUUUUUAAACAUAAUAAAGUUGGAUCUUCCAUGUUACAAUCACAAAAUUAAAACCAGUAUUUAAAGUGGAAAAGUAUUAAAAUAUUAUGGACAAAUAUGCUGGCUUGAUUUGUUUUCCUUAACCCUGAGAUAUUGCCCUACUCUGAGUAGUUAAGAGCUUGAAAUUCAGUGUUCUUCCUGUAACCCAGUUAGGGAUCAAGAAAACAAAGUUGCAGCCAACAUUUUUAUUUUGUUUUUUUUUGUUUUUUUUUUUUGAGACAGAGUCUUGCUCUGUCACCUAGGCUUUGAGUGCAGUGGCACGAUCUUGGCUCACUGCAACCUCCAUCUCGCAGGUUUAAGCGAUUCUUGUGCCUCAGCCUCCCAAGUGGCUGUGAUCACAGGCGUGAGGCACUACGCCCGGCUACUUUUUGUAUUUUUAGUAGAGACAGGGUUUCGCCAUGUUGGCCAGGAUGGUCUCGAACUCCUGACCUCAGAUGAUCCACCAACCUGGGCGAAAUGCUGGGAUUACAGACAUGAGCCAGUGCCCAGCCCAAUUUUUUUUUUAACAAAAUAUAACAGUGGAAUAUAUCAAGUAUAUGACAUGUAAUAAAUAUUUUGUAUGUAUUUUGUCAUAUGUAUUAUACAUAUGUGUGUAGUGGGUUACAGUUUACAAUGAAUUUCUUACUGUGGAUCACGUCCAGAAGUUUUAAAAGAUUGCUAGAGAAUUAAGCUAUAUUCACUUGGGUGUUUCUAAAAUGGAAGCACAGUGCUGGCGAAUGAUACACAUUUAUUUUGUAAUUGAUCUGUAUGCACUUAACCAUAAAUAAAUCAUCUCAUUUAUUUAAAUCUCAUUUAAAUAAUCUCAGCUCCAGUUGUUGCACUCAGGGAAUUUAUGCCCUAGAACAACCAUGAAAUGGGAAGUGUGAACUUGCAGUUCAUUGAGCCAGUGGAUUUGUAUUGAAAGGCACUGAGCAUAUUUCUUUCCUAGUGUUCAAAAAUACAUGACAUCCAAACAAUGUAAUCUGUAAAUAAAAACCAACUACUUAAUCUGGUGGGAUGCUGGAGGGAAAAUCUGACUUGUGUUGAAUUUGUUGACAGAGAAAUAUGUGGUCCUCAUUCCUAGAGGGAUUUUCUAGGGCAGUUUUAACUGCAGGUUUUGCUUUAGGCUUGACUUUGGAAUAUAACCUGCAAAUAAGGUGUAGUUCUACCUAGCAGUUUCAAAUGGGGUUGCUUUUAUAGGCUCUUCCAGAUUUUCUUGCCAUUAUUUGAACUUGGUUACUACAGAGUUCAUACUAUCAUUUACAUUGUCUGCCUAUUAAGACACAUUUUCUGUGAACUUUCCACAUCUGUAUCCUUUGAAUAGCCUUGCACAGAUAUCAUAAGUGAAGCUACUUUAUUUGGCCUCUUCAUUCUUUCUUUGUAUAGAGUUCUGUGAGGUUAGUACUAGAACAAAUCUUUAAUAUCUCUGAAGUUAGAAGAUGCCAAACCACGAUGUUCCUGUCACCCAGGCUCUGUGGUUGAUGAGGUGUUGUGUGAGGGUAUCUCCGUCGUGUCUGUACCAGGCACUGUGCCUGCUUUUUCUGACUCCUCCCCACUCAGCAGUCCAGUGAGGUGAUAGUGGUGAUUGGUGAUACCACCCCUCUUUUACAGAGGAGGGAACAGGUUGGGGUUCCAAACCUACUGAUUGACUCAAGUUUGUUUUCUUCCCAUUAGACUUUACUUUUUAAUGCCUAUGUGUAAUAUCUAGAAUAUAGUGUUUGAUGGACUGGAAAGAACCAACAUGCUUGAAGACUAGCAAUUUUGGUGUAUGGGUCUUAGUCCCACACUUCAAUAUUGGCUUCACAAAAUUCCAAAUACACAUGGUUCCUUAACAAUGGUUCGAUUUAUGAUUGUUUGACUUUAUACAAAGCACUACAAAUACAGUACACUCCAACUUGCCAUGGGGCUGUGUUCCAGUAAACCAAUCAUAUACGGAAAAUACUGUAAGUCAAAAGUACAUUUUCAGCCAGGGGCAGUGGCUCACACCUGUAAUCCCAGAACUUUGGGAGACUGAAGCGGGUGGAUCACCUGAGCUCAGGAGUUGGAGACCAGCCUGUCCAACAUGAUGAAACCCUGUCUCUACUAAAAAUAAAAAAGUUAGCUGGGUGUGGUGGCACACACCUGUAAUCCCAGCUACUCAGGAGACUGAGGCAGGAGAAUUGCUUGAUCCCGGGAGGUGGAUGUUGCAGUGAGCUGAGACUGUACCACUGUACUCCAGCUUGGGUGACACAGCAAGACUCUGUCUCAAAAAAAAAAAGUUUUCAGCUUACGGUAUUUUCAACUUGGAAUGGGCUUAUCAGUACAUAGCCACAUCAUAAGUCGAGGUGCUUCUGUCGAAAAUGCGUUAUUAUUUUAACUUACUUUCAACUUACAGUGGGGCUUAUCAAUAUGUGGUCCCAUCACAAGGGGCUUUUGUAACGAUGUGUCUUAUAAAAUCCCACCAGAUACAGAAAGGAGGUCAGUAAAGAUGAAAUUUGAUCACGAUUUGGUGCUUAAACUUUCUUCCUGUCCUCCAGCUCAGAUGAAACAGGAAACUGAGUCAUAAAACAUUACUACAAACAAGCCCAAGGAUUUUAUCCCAGAUUUUCAACCCAAGGAUGAGCUGCAAUAUAACGAUCACUGUUUUGUUGGCUGCCUACCACAGAAUGAUCACUGAGGAAAUAAACCAAGCUUUGGAUUCACUGUAA